AUGGGCCUAACAUACAACACCUACCUCAACUCGGACGUCAUCUACGGCUGCAAGAACUGUAAGGCACACUUGGCUAACGCCCAUGACAUCAUUUCGCGGAACUUCCGCGGCCAACAUGGCAAAGCCUACCUCUUCAACACGGUCGUCAACGUCGAGACGGGCGACCCCUCGGAACGCAACAUGACGACGGGGAGGCAUGUCGUGAGGGAUAUACAGUGCCGGCAGUGCAAGGAUGUGGUGGGGUGGAAGUAUGACAGGGCGUAUGAGAGCUCGGAGAAGUACAAGGAGGGAAAGUUCAUUCUGGAGGCGGAGUUGCUUUGUAAGGUUACGUGA